ACUAGCUAACUGUAUAUAAAGCAGUUAAAACUAGCUAACUGUAUAUAAAGCAGUUAAAACUAGCUAACUUUAAAUAAACCAGUUAAAACCAGCUAACUGUGUAUGUAGUUCAAACUAGCUAAAUAAAAACAUGACUUCUGUCCAUUCUGUCAGUGUAUAUAGCUUUUAUUUGUAUAUAUAUAUAUAUAUAUAUAUAUAUAUAUUUGUAUUUUUGACUAUUGAGCUGCUGUAACAAGUGAAUUUUCUCUGGUGUGUGGGAUCAAUAAAGUUAUCUUAUCUUUUUCAUUUUAAAAAUCUCUUCUCUGUAAACGACUCUUGGUCCCACACGGGAUUUAAAAUGCACGUCUCACAUAAAUAAAGUAGUCUAAUAAAAUAAAAUGUAUUGUUUUAUUUAUUGUUGUUUGUCCCGGUGUCCAAAACAAAGCGUGACGCGUCAUGACGCGUCAUGACGGCGGCCGACAGGCGUCAUCGCCGUCUCCGCCGCCCUCCAAAGGAAAAGCGCACAUUCCUAUUGUCCAAGAUGGCGGCGUAGGUGCAGAUCCUAUGAUGCUGACAUGUUUUUAAACGACUUUAUGCUUUUAUUUCGAUAUAUAUGCAAGUGUUCGGCGUCUGGAGUGGUAGCGUUUUUUUGUCGGGGCCGCCGUGUGCCACGUUGUUUUUGCUAACACCCCUGGGAUUCGCUCUCCAGGCCGGAUUCCCGUUGCAAGCACCGAAAAGUUUGAGCUCCAUCACCCUUUGAAAAUGAAGAGGCAGGCCGGGAGAGAGACUAGUCCGUCCAGGGCCCUCGCUAAACGCAUACGGGAAAGGGAACGAGAGAGCGCGCGGAGAGAGGAGCUGCCACCGCCGCCCCUGGCUCUGCUGCUGGCGGAGAGCCGGGGAUAUCACCGACGGAGCCGAAGCAGGGAGCGAGAGAAGCCGCGGCUCCGGGAGGAGCGAGCGGCCGCCCUGGAGCUCCACCACCGACAUGAGCUCAGCCUCCUCGGUCGCCCGCCGCUGCGGACCACGGCGGCGGAGCUCCCCGCCGCCAGGCCGGGCACCCUGGAGUACAAAACGCUGCUCAUCAGCAACCUCGGCUCGCAGGUCUCGGACGAGGACGUGGAGGACGCGCUGUUUCACGAGUUCAAAAAGUUCGGGGACGUCAGCGUGAAGCUGUCGCACACGCCGGAGCUGGGCCGGAUCGCCUACGUGAAUUUCCGGCACCCGGAGGACGCCAAAGAGGCCAGGCACGCUAAAUCCGCCAGGUUAGUUCUGGGUGACCGACAGCUUAAGAUUGAACCCAUGUACGUGAGGAGGCGGAGCGUCACACCGCCUGACGCCGGUUAUUUGCCCCUGCACGCGCCGUACCCCUACCGGCAGCGCUCCCUCUCCCCGCCGGGGCCCGGCGUGAGCAACAUCAGAGACCUCAGAGCCAGACACUACGCCUUGGAGACCCUGGGACUCAGCAGAGACAGGGAGAGGCUUCUGGAUUAUUACGGUAUGCUGGAUGAAAGGGGCAGGCCCUAUGGCUUCCCUCCGAUGCCAGUGGUGGAGGACUUAAAACCGGAGGAUGACCAGAGGGCGACCAGCAACCUCUUUAUUGGAAAUUUGGAUGGUAACGUCACAGAAGCGGAACUGAGGAGGGGUUUUGACAAGUACGGCAUCAUAGAGGAUGUUGUGAUUAAACGCCCGGCUCGUGGACAGGGUGGGGCGUAUGCUUUUGUGAAGUUUCAGAACCUAGACAUGGCCCACCGGGCCAAAGUGGCCAUGCAGGGGCGGCUCAUCGGGGGCAACCCAAUAAAGAUCGGCUACGGCAAAGCUAACCCCACCACGCGGCUCUGGGUGGGCGGUCUUGGGCCUGGAAACUCCCUCGCCGCCCUCGCUCGAGAGUUCGACCGCUUUGGAAGUAUAAGGAAUAUCGACUACGUUAAGGGGGACAGCUUUGCUUACAUCCAGUAUGAAAGUUUGGACGCUGCCCAAGCCGCCUGCACCCAGAUGAGGGGUUUCCCUUUAGGUGGCCCCGAGCGGCGUCUGAGGGUGGACUUUGCUAAAGUUGAGGAGAGCCCCUCCCGCGCGUUUCCUCCUGGUUACCAGCCCCCCGUCGCUCCCCCCUCCCACUACGACCUCCUCGGGGAGACCUACAGUCGCCACCGCAGCCUGGAGCGAGAGCUGAGGGGAGCCAGGGACCGCUCGUCGCCGCCCGCCCACAGCCUCCUCUCCCAGAGGGAGAGAGAGAGGGCCCUGCUGGAGAGAGACUACCCCACCAGCCCCACCCGCAGCCUGGAGAGGAGAGCGGCGGGAGUGGAAGCGUUUGGGAGGAGCGUGAGAGGAGCGAGGAGCCGCAGCAGGAGCAGGGAGCGGUGGCUGAAGGAGAGGGAGGAGAGGAGGAACAGGAGGAGGAGCAGGAGCCCGUCCACCGACAGGCCGGCAGAGGAGAGGGAGAGGGAGAAGGAGAGGGGGAGGUCGAGGGUUCGAGGUCAGUUAGGGGCCGUCUCUCCCGAUGCGAGCCCAGACCGAGCGCGGGUCCGAGCUCCCGACUCCACCACGGAGCCAAGAGACCACUCCCCUGACAGCGGCGCAGGGGGACGGCACUCCGCCGCCAACGAAGAAGACCCACCGGUCGGCCGCCACCACAGCAAGAGGUCCACCGGCGAGCAUCUCAACAACCACCACCAUCGAAACAGCGAGAUCAUCGCCGCCAGCUCUCCCGCGAUCCACACGGACACGCACUCCUCCUCCUCCUCCUCCUCUCCCAGCACGCUGUCCGAGUUCGCCCAGGCCUCGCUCUCCAAGAUGUGGCACGGCUUCUUCGCUCUGAAGAACAGCAGUUUUCCCACAGACCUGUACAUGCUGGAGGGGGGCUCCUCGUUCUUCAACGCCAUGAUGAAGGACAGCCUGAAGCUGCAGAGCCAGAACCAGCCCAGCCAGCUGAAGAUCGUCCAGAGGCUCCGCAUGGACCAGACCCGACUCGACGAGGUGUCGCGCCGCAUUAAGCUCGGGCGGCCCGACGGGUUCGCCAUCCUGUUGGCUCUCCAGGGCCCCAUCGACCGCCAGGGCCCCGCCCCCGAGCCGGGGCUGCAGGUCCGCUUGCUUCGCCACCUGGUGACCUACCUGCGGAACAAGGAAGCAGCUGGAGUCGUGAGCCUGCCCGCCGUAAAAGAGGGGGGGCCUGGGGCGAUGCUGUAUGCCUUCCCUCCUGGAGUGUUCUCGCAACAGUACCUGCAGGCUGCCAAAAGGACUGUGGGUAAUAUGGACGAGGAGCACAUGGUUAUUGUGAUCGUUAAUGACACUAAUUGAUUUAUUACACUGAAGAAGAGUACAAACAUGUACAGACACUUACAAGCAUGCACACACACACACAGCGAACUGAGAGGAAACUACAAAUACUUCCAUGUUGUUUUUUUUAGAAAGAUGCAUUUUAUUGUUUUACUCAGUGUCUUAUAUAUGAAACACAGAAAGAAGUACGCUACGUCUCUCUUUUACUCUCUCUCUUCCUCAUUUAUUACUUUAUGUCUCCCUCUCUCGCUGACGUUCAGCUGGAUGUCGCAUUUACAGACGGACAAGAAUGAUUUUACAUCGUGGGUUUCUGGGGGAAUCGAGCGUUUUUAAAAAGGUCUGUAAUGAAAAACACUUAAAGGAGAGAGGAUGUAAAAGUAAAAGCCUGCUGCACAUACAGGCAGCACUGUUACUUUUGUACUCUAAGCUGUAACAUACAACACUAAAUCUGAGGGGCUUGUUUUUUUAUGCUCGUUUACUUUAUUUGUCUUUUUUUGUUUUCCUUUUUAUCUGAAUUUACCACGUUGUUCUGUGUAUCCAAUGUACAAGGGAGUGGGAGGUUUUAUAUGAAGUGACUGUACUGUAAACCGAACGGGAAAGCGAUGCCAGCUGAGUCUGUCUCAGCCUUCUCCAGUUUGUCUCCUCUAACUGGUCUCUACUGGUCUCUGCUCGCAGGUUGAGACUGUCGUGACGUGUUUUUUUUUAGUUUUCAUGAAAAGCGCCAGCCGGCGCAGCCAGUAGAGACGAAAGUGAAUUUCCUGACCCCGUCCCCCUGUGACUGUGUAUUUUACAUAGCUAGUGUUUCUAUGAACUGAACCAUUCCAGUUUCUUCUUUCGUUUUGAAAGGCGUGAGUGUGUUUUGGUGUGUUGUUGCAUGCAGGAACAGACAAAGUUACAUUUUGUCAGUCUAAAAAAUGUACGCUUCCCCUUCAGUAACCUGUCGUCACUUGAGAUGUUGGAGACACGCGUUCACGCGAGGUCUGAUCAUAUCACUGGUUCGGAUUUUAUAUUGUAUACUGACUUUUAUUCCAAUUUUAAUACAUCGAUCCAUCCAUCUCCUAUCCAUCCAUGCUCCAGGUUCUUCUCACCUGCCAUCGCUUUAGCUUCAGUAAUGUCUUCGUCGUCUCAGUCCCGCUUCUUUCUCUUAAUGCGAACAUCAUUUACAGGCAGUUUUAGUUGAAUAAAACAGUGAUGUGUUUUUGAGAAAUCUGAAGAAGUGAUGCGUUUCAGAAGCUCUUCAAUUACCUCUGGAAAUAUACAAACAACACAGGCGAUCUCGAGAUGCGUCUUUAGCACCGCUCCCUUGGGAUUUAUGUAACUGAACUUCGGUGUUUGUGCCAAGAUAAUAUUUUACAGACAAAAAAAAACAGAUUUAAACCACUUUUUCCCACCCAGAUGAUCAUGAAUGAAAUAUUAGAGGCUGGAGAAAAAUAACACCGGAGACGGCAGCCGUAGGCUUUUUAUGUUGUCGUGGAAACGAGCGUCGUCGCCGUGUAAAAGUUCAGUGAAACCUUUGCCGUGGAAACGCGGACGUCCAGCGGCGUUUUAACCUGCGACAUUUUUCUCCACGACAACACCGUCGUUCACGUGGAAGACGUGCAAAACCUCGCGUAGUCUGAACUCUCGUCACACGGCGGCGUUUCAGCUGCGUGCCACUUGUUGUUGUUAUUAUUGUUUCACAGAAGCCACACAAAGGUUGAUUAGAGCUUGAAAAUGUCUCAAAAUUCACGAGGGAAUUGCGUCCGACGGUGUUCAGAUUUCAACGGCAGCAGCCUCUUUUUAAAUACGAGCAGCAGACGCUUUGUUCAGUGACGUCAGGGCUAAUCGGGAAUCACGGGACACGUCUGGCCGAAGAUAAAGCUGCUGUUUUAAUCUGUUUACGACACAAACGGCUAAAUGUGUGCAAACGUCAAGAUGACUAGAAGCGACAAGCUGAAACGCACAAAACACAUCUAGAUCCUAAAGUACGCGGUCUGCGAGUGGAAAAGACCAGAGCUGCAGCUGACGGUUAUUUCCAUUACCAGUUCAUCUGCCAACUUUUUAAAAUUGAUUAAUCAUUUGGUCUAGAAAAUGUCAGAAGAAAGUCCAUUUUGCAGAUCACAGUAUCCUUUUGCUUGUUUUGUAUUUGUACGGCACUUUUCAGCAGCACGAAAACGAACACGAAGCGUGCUGUGGGUCCGAGUCCACGACUACGCCCGGGCCUCCGGCCUGGCCCGUGGUCUUUAACGUUGGCGACUGACUUCUAAUUGUCCUUCUUUGGCUCCAGAAACUAUUAUUUCUUUGUUUAAUUGAUCAAACUUAAACAACCAACACUUAAAAGAUAUUCAGUUUACUGCCACGUGAGACGGAGGAGCAGUUAGUCCGUACACCGCAGAAGCUAGAAAAUGUUUCCCAUUGAAAAACCGUUCCAAGUAGGUGGAUCAUUUCAGACGAUGGACCAAUCGACUAAUCAUUUCGGCUCUAAAGAACAAACAUUGAGGUAUUAUCUACCUGUUGCUGUAACUGUUUAUGCUGUCAGCCUUUAUGAGGCAAUGUCACUGUUUUAAAUGGCAUCAUUUCUCAUUAUUCUGUUAUUAGUGAGUGUUAAUUAAUUAAUUAAUUAAUAAAUAAAUACCGCGUCUGCUGCGUUCUUUUAGUCAUACUGUCUGAUUUGCAGCAGUAAUAGUAACUAACAGUGGUGGAAAGUUAUUAAGAGAACAAGUACAGUUUUCGGGUAUUUAUGCUUUAAUUGAGUAAUUCCGUUUUCUACUUCUACUCCACUUCAGAGAGAUAUUGUGCUUUUUACUCCGCUUUAUCUGACAGCAAAUUGUUUUUUUUUAUUAUUUUGCAGAUUCUUUGUCAUUUAAACAUAUGAUGAGCUUGUAAAACGAUCCAUUUUUCAGCAAAAGAAGUAAUUUUAUCCUGGAAAUGAGCUGUUAAAGUUUUCCUGUUAGUGUAGUGGGAAUAUUUUAAUCUGUUUUCAGUGUAAAUUAACUCGUUUCAAGAAUUUUGUAAAACUCAGCUCUUUCUCAGCAACCCGUCUUCCUCUCUCUUGUUUCAAGACACAGGCGUUUUGUUUUUUUGCAUCAGUGAAACUAAUCCUAUAAAAUAUAUAUAUAUAUAUAUAUAUAUAUAUGAAAGGAUUCAUACUUUAAUUCAUCACGGAUUGAUACUUUAAGUAUAAUUUGCUGUUAAUUCCUUUGUAUCUUUUGUACUUUUACUUAAAUCAUGUAAGUAGUUUUUAAUGCAGAUGCAAUUUACUUGUAAAGAAAUAUUUUUAAAUACUAGUAUUACUACUUUUAGUUAAGUAAAGGAUCUGAGUACUUCUUCCACCACUGGUAGCUACCAUUUUCAUAGAUGGCGUGACGAGGUAGUCUGUUUCCAGCCUACUGUCUUAAAAGUACCUUUUAAUUUUCUUUGAACUUUUGUUUCGCACAUGCAGCUUCUCACUUUUGCAGCGUAGCUGUUGUUGUCUGAAAGCUGCUCGGUCCGGCGGUUUUGGAUCUCUGGCUUGAAUGAGUUUGAUUAAGAAAAAAUAGAGUUAUUCUUAAGAAAAGCGACGUGGAGACGGUGAAGCUGUCAGGAGGGGCCGGCCAGAAAAGCUUGGAAGAAAUGUGGUCGUGUAACGCUGAAACUGCAUGGCACCAGUCAUAUAAAUAUACCAGUUUUGUACAAUAUGCCGUUAAAGAAUAUAAAAACACUACUUUUUAUACUAAAUUCCCUUGACGAACAACAGGUUGUGAAAACGCUUCCCUCUUCCUGUCUCAUGUAAACUCGUGGCGUGCCGUUAUGACCGAUAACGUUACUCAGACCAGGUGGCGUCCAGUCGGUUUUUUUGUACACAGAUUCCCUCUUUGGUUUUGUUUUCGUGUCAACAUAGAAACAUGUAUUCUGUACUGAAAAAAUGGAAUAAACAUUUUAUGCUCUUUCUAAAAGA